UUAGGACCCCGUGACUGGAAGUUGAUCAUGUGAUUUUCUGUGGGGCUGGACUGAGUUUAUAGUACAGGGGACAGAAAGCUUGUGAUACAAUUACUUUCCAUGGAUACAUAUUCCAUCUAAAGAUCCAAGAAAGACUCUGUGAAUCCUCUCUCCUUGCCAUAAAUGGGGGCCAGGCUCCUGUGCCUCCUACUGUUGGGCUUACUGUAUGAGCAGCCCAGAGGAGAUCGAUCUUUCACAAUUGACGAUGAUCAAAACUGCUUCAAGAAAGAUGGGGUUUGUUUCCACUACAUAUCUGGAAGCAUUCACUACUUCCGAAUCCCGACCAUGUACUGGAAGGACCGACUGAUGAAGAUGUACAUGACGGGGUUAAAUGCCAUUCAGAUCUAUGUCCCCUGGAAUUUCCAUGAACCAGAACCCGGUAUGUUUAAUUUCGAAGGAGACAGAGCUCUAGAACAUUUUCUGGAUCUGGCCAAUGAGACGGGCCUCCUGGUCAUCAUACGGCCUGGACCAUACAUCUGCUCCGAAUGGGAUAUGGGGGGUCUUCCAGCCUGGCUAUUAAACAAGAAAGAUAUAGUUUUGCGAACCUCCGAUCCAGACUAUUUGAGCGCUGUUAAUUCCUGGUUGUCUGUUCUGCUUCCACGAUUGCGUCCGCGUCUCUAUAACAAUGGAGGGAAUAUAAUUAGCGUUCAGGUGGAGAAUGAGUAUGGCAGCUACCAGGCCUGUGAUUACAGCUACAUGCGCCAUCUUUUCCAUACCUUCCGUCUCUAUUUGGGAGACGAUGUUGUACUUUUCACUACAGAUGGAAAUACGGAUCGCGAACUCAAGUGCGGGAGUCUGCAGGGGAUGCAGGCCACAGUGGAUUUUGGCCCAGCGGAUGACGCAAAGAAAGCCUUUGACCUACUGCGCAGAUAUCAGCCCACUGGACCUCUGGUAAACUCUGAAUAUUACACAGGAUGGCUGGAUUACUGGGGGGAAAACCAUUCAACAGUCAGCACACAGAUGGUUAGCCAUGGUCUACAGACUAUUUUGGAAAUGGGGGCGAAUGUCAAUAUGUACAUGUUUGAAGGAGGCACAAAUUUCGGCUACUGGAACGGAGCGGAUUACAAGAAACAGUACAAGCCAAUUACAACAAGCUAUGACUACGAUGCUCCCUUAACAGAAGCUGGGGAUCCCACAGAAAAAUUAUUUGCAUUACGAUCUGUGAUCAGCCAGUUUCUGCCAGUUCCAGCAGGUCCGAUGCCUCCCCCCACCCCGAAGUAUGAUUAUGGGGUGGUGAAGUUGCAGAAGGUUGGAGAUAUUACAGAUUUUUUGGAUAUUUUGUGCCCAGGGGGUCCGAUUGUGACCAGAUACCCUAUAACCUUCGAGGAUGCCAAACAGUAUUUUGGGUUCAUGCUCUACCGGACGCGAGUGCCCUGGGAGAUACCAGAUAUGACCACUCUUUCGGAUCCCUUUAACAGUGUCCAUGAUCGGGCUUAUAUCACUAUUGAUGGGAGCUUUACCGGUGUGUUAGAAAGGGACCAUGUGAGAAUGAUCAAUGUCACUGGCAGUGCCGGGGACUGGCUCGAUAUUCUGGUGGAAAACAUGGGAAGAAUAAACUUUGGAUCACUCGUCAAUGACCUGAAGGGUUUGGUGUCCAACUUGACCCUCGGAGGAGACAUCCUUACCGACUGGUUGGUUUAUCCUUUGAAUAUAGAUGGUCUAAUUGCAGAAAACUGGCCACACAUGCACAGAAACCAUAUCAUCAUGGCUGCACAGCCAGAGAGCCGCACUGGGCCUGCAGUCUACACUGGGACUUUAAAAACUGCUGUUACAGGAGACACCUUCUUAAAACUCUUUAAAUGGACAAAGGGACAGGUAUGGAUAAAUGGCUUUAACAUUGGCCGGUACUGGCCGGAUCGAGGACCACAGGUUACGCUCUAUGUACCAGGAAACAUUUUGAGCAACAGAGAAAUGAACAACAUCACCGUUCUGGAGCUGGAGAGUGCCCCAGAGAUAUUACUGAUCUUUCUUAUAGACAGACCCAUCAUAAGUAAAAAUGAUCACGGGUUCUGAGUCUGCACCAGUUACAAAAAGGGAUUCUGACACUCACUGCUACAACUACUGAUCUGUGUUACAGCCUAAAUCAGCACAGCACGGCUUCGUUAGUUAAUAGUGCUGGUUCUGUCCACGAGUGAACGGCUUAAUUUCAGGAAUUAAAUCUCCAGCUCACAAUGUCUUAUAUGUGCUGCAAGAAAACACUGACAAUAUUCAGGAUAAAUGAGAAUUGAGCCCCCAGCAGUCACAGUGGAAGAGAAGCAGAAAUCUGUAUCAAACACAGAAGAUAACUAGUGAACCUUUCUACUUUCAGGCUGGUACUGAUAAUUUUAUUUUUUUAAUGUCACAUGCUACCCCCUCCCCCUCCCAAUCAUCUGCAAUUUUAAAUAAAUUUCUCAAACAACCAUU